AUGUCGCAAGAUGAUUAUGAAACACUUCAUACAGACAGUUUCACUAUACAUCUACUUGCUUGCGCCAUGGCAGGCUUCAUGGAAUUUUGUAUAAUGUUUCCCAUAGAUACUAUAAAAACCAGAAUGCAGCCCUUAGAAUUUAGAGGUGAUACAAAUAUUUUAAAAUAUUUACGCACUAUGACGAAAAAAGAAGGUACUUUUAGUCCAUUACGAGGUAUAACACCCAUUGCUAUUGCAGCAGGCCCAGCUCACGGUCUUUACUUUGCUAACUAUGAACUUGUUAAGAAAAAUCUAACAGGACUGGUAAAUAAUCCUCGGUACGAUUUUAUUUGA